AAAGUUAUCCCUCCCUUAAGUUUUAUUUUUUUCUUGGGGGAACCAAUUCUGAUUUUUUUUUAAUAAUUCAAAAUUAAAUUAUACUUUCAAGGGGGUUCUCAAACCCUUAGAGUGUCUGAAGCUCUUGCUUGUGAACAAUACAGGGAUUUCUUUAUUGAUUCAAUAAUGGAAGAGCACCUUUCAAAGAUCUCAACGCUGCCGGCCUCACCAACUGAAUCUGCUGUCUCUGUCGGGAUGGAUGACAGCCAUGCAGAUAAAAGCCCCGCUCCCGAUAAAUCCCUGAGCCCAGCCCUGUUGUGUAAAGUGUGCGGAGACACAAGCAGUGGCAAGCACUACGGGAUCUACGCUUGCAAUGGCUGCAGUGGAUUUUUCAAGCGCAGCGUUAGGAGGAAACUGAUUUACAGGUGCCAGGCAGGGACGGGGAUGUGCCUGGUGGACAAAGCACACCGCAACCAGUGCCAAGCGUGCCGCCUGAAAAAGUGCUUGCAAGCCGGUAUGAACAAAGACGCCGUUCAGAACGAGAGGCAGCCGCGCAGCACGGCUCAGGUGCGUCUGGACACGAUCGACGUGGACACGGAGAAGGACCACCUGGCCACCACACGGGAGCCCACCUCCUUGUUCUGUCCAGUCAUGACGCGGCCGCUCAUCACGUCUUCCAUAUCGACCGCCUCGCAGCGCUCUGUAAGCCCGCAGAACAACCAUCGUUUCAUGGCCAGCCUCAUGACUGCCGAGACCUGCGCCAAGCUUGAGCCCGAAGAUGUGGACGAGAACAUUGAUGUGACGAGCAAUGAGCCAGAGAGGACCCAGUCAGAGUACCAGAUGUCCCUGUACCCCCCCAGCAGCCUUGGGAACGUGUACGAGACGUCCGCCAGGCUGCUCUUCAUGGCAGUCAAAUGGGCGAAACACCUGCCGGUCUUCUCCAACCUCCCCUUCAGAGACCAGGUGAUUCUGCUGGAGGAGGCGUGGAGCGAGCUGUUCCUCUUGUGUGCCAUCCAGUGGUCCCUGCCCCUGGACAGCUGCCCGCUGCUCUCUGUUCCUGAGCUCUCCCCCACCCUGCAGGGCAAGACCAGCUUCUCCGGCCCAGACCUGCGUAUCCUGCAGGAGGUCUUCACUCGCUUCAGGGCCCUGACUGUCGACGCCACUGAGUUUGCUUGCCUGAAGGCAAUCGUCCUCUUCAAACCUGAGACGCAUGGUUUGAAAGACCCCGAGCAGGUGGAAAACCUGCAGGAUCAGUCGCAGGUGAUGAUGGGCCAGCACAGUCGCACUCACUACCCCAGCCAGCCUGUCAGGUUUGGGAAGCUGCUGCUGUUGCUCCCCUCCUUGCGGUUUGUAGCCUCUGAAAGAAUAGAGCUGCUGUUCUUCCACCGGACCAUUGGUAACACCCCCAUGGAAAAGCUGCUCUGCGACAUGUUCAAGAACUAGAGAGGCCGACAAGACAGCCUCCCUGACCAGAACAACCACGGGUCACUGGAUACGAGACCUCCAAUCUGCCUAAAAGACCGGAUUAAAAGUAUUUCAGGAACAGUAUUUCUCUUAGUGUUUGCAUCAGGAGUUAGGUGCAUUCUCAGUAAAUUCCAACAGAUCCCAUUGUGGGCUAGCCAGUACUGUGGCUGCUUGGGGAAACAGCCAAUCAACAUGAUACAGUGAGACUAAGAAGGAAUGGCAACUCAAACACUCACCAUCACAGCAGAACAAACAGCAAAGCAGAUAGGACUGGCUCUUCUAGAUUGUGUGUGCUUGUUUGAUAUUCAGAAGACAGCAACCUGUGCUUGCUCCCACGUACCCAAUCAAGGGAAGAUAUUACCUACACCACUCAGAAGCUAUGCUACUGCAGACAUUGUAGCAGAGAAACAGACUGAACUCAAGCAGCAUAAUGUACUGGUAAUGUUUUAGAUCAACCACUGCAGUUUGACUAAUUUUUCUUCUUUAUGGAAUAAAUUUUAAAGUAUUAAAUACGAGAUGGUUGCUUCUAGAGUUUACACCUGUGGUUAAAUAAAUACAUUUAAAGUGAAACUGAAUAUUUUCUAUCAGCAUUAUACAACAAAACACCAGGUUGUUUGGUAAACCAGAACUCUUACCAAGGAGCAGAGAGCAUUCUGUUUUUAAAUGCAGUGGCUAAUCCCUAUUCAACAAGAAGGGGGAGAUAAUAGGCAGGAAAUUCUAUGCAUAUACUAAGCAUU